AUGGCGGGAUCUCCUCCUUCCGGCGGCGACGGCUGUGGCGAUGGCGCUGCUCCAGCGAGGGGGCCGUCGCCUGCAGGCGUGGUGCACGUUUUCUGGGACGCCGGGAUGCUCGACCACGACGCCGGCGCCGGCGUGUUCGACACCGGCUUCGACCCCGGCUUCCUUGAGGUCCUCGAGAAGCACCCGGAGAACCCAGAUCGGGUGAGGAACAUGGUUUCGAUCCUACGCAGGGGCCCCAUCUCCUCCUACAUCUCAUGGCAUCCGGGGAGAUCCGCCCACACCUCGGAGCUCCUCUCCUUCCACACUCCAGGUAGGUGCUCCCCCCACCCUCUUCCACCUGCCCUCAUCUCCCCCGCCCCCUCUCUCAGGCAGGUUAAGGUUCCCAGCAUAUCUGGAUGAUCUAGGGAAUCUGCCUGAGAAUCCAUCGAUCGAUCCGUCCAUUCCAGAGCAUGUUCAUCAGAGUCUCUACUGGUGUGCAGAUCUGAGACGCACCUAAAUCAAGGUAUCCUUUACCUGUCUGUAAUUCUCAGAGUACGUGGAAGAGCUCGUCCAAGCCGACGCAGAGGGACCAACAAAGCUGUGCGAAGGCACAUUCCUGAAUCCUCGUUCUUGGAAAGCAGCCCUGAUCGCCGCCGGCACGACCUUGUCGGCGAUGAAGCAUCUGCUGGACGGGAAGGGGAAGGUCGCAUAUGCUCUGGUGCGGCCCCCGGGGCACCACGCGCAGCCCUCCCGCGCCGACGGGUACUGCUUCCUCAACAACGCCGGCAUGGCGUCGCAGUUGGCUCUGGACUCCGGCUGCCGGCGAGUCGCCGUGAUCGACAUCGACGUCCACUACGGCAACGGCACCGCCGAAGGGUUCUACCGCUCCAGCAGGGUGCUGACGAUCUCCCUCCACAUGAACCACGGAUCGUGGGGCCCUUCACACCCGCAGAGCGGCGCCAUUGACGAGCUCGGAGAAGGCGAGGGGCUCGGGUAUAAUCUGAACAUCCCUCUGCCAAAUGGAACGGGGGACAAGGGAUACGCCUACGCCAUGUCGGAGCUGGUCGCCCCCGCCGUCCGCAAGUUCGACCCCUGGGUCGUCGUCCUCGUCGUCGGCCAGGACUCCAGCGCGGUGAGUGAGAGACCGAAGAAUCAUCCUCGACCUUUCUCCGAUGCGGCGGCGAGAUUCAGGCUAAGUAUUUUUUUUUUGGGUGCAGUUCGAUCCCAAUGGGCGGCAGUGCUUGACAAUGGCGGGCUACCGGACGAUCGGCGGAGUCGCCCACGAGCUGGCGGAGGAGCUCGCCGGAGGGCGGCUGCUGCUGGUUCAGGAGGGCGGAUACCAUCUGACCUACUCGGCCUACUGCCUCCAUGCGACUUUAGAGGGGGUCCUCGGGCUAGAAGAAGCUCCUCUCUUACCGGAUCCUGUGGCGUACUACCCCGAGGACGAGGCCUUCGCCGUCGAGGUUGUCGAUGCCAUCAAGCGCCAGUGGAGGAAGACGAACCCUCUCUUCAGAGAUCCCUGA